CAAAAAUUGGCGCGUCUACAAAAACUGACCAAUCAGUAAACACUUGAUGUUACCCAGUCAAGGUUAAUAUACAAAAACUUCACUGACAACCAUUUUUUACUUUCCUUGAAAGGAUUGGACCACCUUCAUUAUAAUCAUCAUCAUUUACUCUCACUGUUUUAAUCAUCAUCAAUCUAAUGCCUUAAAGAUCAAUAAUCAUGUCUCUUUAUGAUGAUAUAAUAACUUCGAAUGACAAAGGUGAUUCAAUUAAGGACUCUAAACCUUCAGAUUGGUCUGGUAUCAAACUUUUGGAGACUCAUUUAUUAUCAAAAAAGAAAAAUCAAGCCAAAAGGGAAAAUCUUCCUCGUAGACCGGUAAAUUCAUUUGGCGGACCUGGGUUUGGAUUUAAAUCUAAAACGAUUGUCGAUGAAACUCCAAUUUCUUCGAUUUUAGACUAUCAUGGAAAGAAUACAAAUGGUUCUUUAUUAGGUGGUGAUUGGGACGUAACUCAAGAAUAUGAUCCAUUAUUUCCAAAUGACUAUGAAAAAAUUGCAAAAGAGAGAAGCGGGAACCCAGAUAAAGUGAAGGUUGAGAGUGACAAAAGCCGUGAUUUAGAUGAUCACGAUAAAAGACGGCGUUCUGACAAGCCGUCUACUGCUACAGUUGCAUCAACUUCAACAUCAGGAAUAAUUGUAAAUCCAACUGGUGGAACAAUGUUUGCCAGGUCUUUAGUUGAUGCAUAUAGUGAUGAUGAAGAAGAAGAUGUAAAACCUUACGCUGGAUUCGGCAAAUCAGCUCCUGUUGUAGCCCGUGGUGCUGCAAUAGCACCUCCACCAUCUUUGAUUGAAUCAACAGUUGUCAAAUCAUCAACAAACGAAAUGGAUGCUUCCACAUCAAGUUCUUCUAGUGGUCCUAAAGGAUCUGUUGCCGCUAAGAUAAUGGCGCGAAUGGGAUACAAGGAGGGUCAAGGUUUGGGUAAAGAAGAACAAGGAAUAAGUCGAGCUCUCGAGGUUGAAAAAACAAGCAAAAGGGGAGGCAAGAUCAUAGCUGGAACAAAGAAUGUUUCAACGGCUUUAUUACCCCCUCCUCCACCCCCGGCACCGAUUUCUUCCUCUCAAUCAGUUUCAGAGAUGAUGCCAGGUCCAAGUUCAGGAGAGGCAACGAGUGUUGAAUCAAUCACGGAAUUGAUGAAAAAUCCAACUAAAGUAGUCUUGUUAAGGAAUAUGGUUGGCCCAGGUGAAGUAGAUGAUGAUUUAGAGCCAGAAGUUAAAGAAGAAUGCUCAAAAUAUGGCGAGGUUGUAAAAUGCGUUAUUUAUGAGAUCCAUGGAGGUCAUCCCGAAGAUGCUGUAAGAAUUUUCGUAGAAUUCAAGCGAGUCGAGGCUGCGAUAAAGGCUGUAGUCGACUUGAAUGGUCGAUAUUUUGGAGGAAGAAUAGUAAAAAUAAGCUUUUAUGAUGUAGAAAAAUUCAAACGUUUAGAACUUAAUGACUGACUUGAAUGUCAGAGAUAACUAAAAUGUACAAUUUGCAUAGAAAAUUUUCACAUUUAUCUUUUCAAAACUUUGCUUCAUUUUAAUAAUUGCUAAUUAUGUAAAUUCAUAUAACAAUCUUUUUUAAAGAAAAUUGAAUAAAUGAAAUCACAAUACAUAAAA